CGUUGGUUCGGUUGGUUGUGUCAGUAGUCAUCCCGGGAACACCGCCCCCCUCUGUCAUGGCGAAUGGCACCAAACAAAACAGAUUCACGGGCGAAAUGGGUAGACGGACGUGGACGCUGUCUCCCCUGCAGCAGUUAUUUCAAAGCCAACAGCCAGGACGUUCUUCGGCGCCUAUUUUCAAGGAUAAGAAAACGUCCUCCAAGCAGAACUGUGUGCAGCAAAAAUCUGAAAUGGAACCUUUACCACUGUCUUUACACAGACAGAGAUUGAAAGUGGAAUAUGAUGACGACAAAGUUGUUGCACCUGAGAUAAAAACAGAACCAUGGGAACCUCCUAACUGGGAGAAACAAUUAGGAUUCAUCCGUGAGAUGAGGAGCCGUCGUGAUGCACCUGUAGAUUACAUGGGAGCAGGAAAGUGCUUUGACACAGAAGCCCCCGCACAUGUACAAAGAUUCCAAGUGUUGCUAUCUCUUAUGUUGUCCAGUCAGACCAGAGAUCAAGUGACAGCGACAGCUAUGCACAAGCUGCGAGUACAUGGAUGUACUGUGGAAAAUAUACUGAGCACAGAUGAUGAAAUCCUGGGGAAACUCAUCUGUCCUGUUGGUUUCUGGAAGAAAAAAGUCAAAUAUAUAAAAAUGACAUCAACAAAGCUACAAAAAGAGUUUGGAGGGGACAUCCCAAACAGUGUGGAGGAGCUGGUCAGUCUGCCGGGAGUUGGACCAAAGAUGGCUCACCUGGUUAUGGACAUUGCCUGGGGCCAGGUGUCUGGCAUUGGUGUGGACACACAUGUGCAUCGCAUCUGUAAUAGACUUGGCUGGCUUCGAAACACAUCCAAGAACCCGGUAGAAACAGGGAAGGCCCUGGAGGAGUGGUUGCCAAGGGACUUGUGGAGUGAGAUAAACUGGCUACUGGUGGGUUUUGGACAACAGAUUUGUUUACCAGUCAAUCCUCUCUGCUCACUGUGUCUGAACCAGCACAGCUGUCCCUCUGCCCACAAGAAAUCUCCUACUAAGAGGUCCAGAGCUGGUCACUCAAGCUUGGAACAUCCAAGUGUACAAAAGACUGAACCUGCAGAGGAUAACACUGACUACAAAAAAUGACCAGAAGACAACGAAAGCUGAACAUUCAAUCUUUAGAAGCGAAAAGAUUUCAAUCAUUUCUGUUUUCAAACCAAUAUACAUCAUUUGUUCUCUGUUUCACACUGUAAAUAAGUUAGUCUGUUUGAAGUUUGCAUUUUUUCUCCACGUUUGAGUGGGUUUUCCCUGGUACCAAAGUUAAAAGUUGUGGAGUUUAUGAGUGUAGGUAAUAAUAUGAGAAAGGGAAGAAUUCAUCUGUGCUUUUGUAUUGAUAUACAGACGAUGUUGCACUGGUCUAAAUGCCUUGUUAGAUGAUAUCUUU